AUGAUUGGUGGAUGUGGCGCCACUGAUAAGGACACUGGGAAUUACAGUCAGAAUGCGUACCGCCUGAUUAUCCCGCCCACACCAGAGGGCCAGGACAGCUUCGUCAUAGAGACCUACACCGGUAUCAUCAAAUCAGCCACGAUGUUUAGAAAUAUGCGCAGGUCAUAUUUCACGUUUGAAGUCAUUGCAACAGACGACUAUGGAAAAGGUCUCAGCAGCAGUGCCGAUGUGGUGGUUUCUGUUGUCAACGCGUUGGACAUGCAGGUUGUUGUGUCCACUGUCCCACCCCAUUUAGUGGAGGAGCAUAGGGAGGAGCUCAUUCGUAUUCUGGAGCGCCAUGUCCAGGAUCAGAUUCCCGGGGCCAAGGUGAUUGUGGAGUCAAUUGGUCCACGUCGUCAUGGCGAUGGCUUUGAACUCGAGGACUACAGUAAAUCGGACCUGAUGGUGUACGCCAUUGACCCGCUUACCAACAGGGCCAUUUCACCCAAGGAGCUCUUCAAGUUUCUUGAUGGGAAUGUGCUGGAAAUCAACAAGGAGUUUCAGCCAUUACUUGGUGAGGGAGGCCGCAUCCUGGAGAUCCGCUCUCCAGAUAUCGUUGCCAGUGUGAAGAAGGCGGCCCAGGCGGUGGGCUACACAGAGGGGGCUCUCCUGGCCCUGGCCAUCAUCAUCAUCCUCUGCUGCAUCCCUGCCAUCCUCAUCGUCAUGGUCACCUACAAACAGUUCAAAGAGCGACAGGCAGAGUGUGCCAAAACUGCCAGGAUUCAGAUGGCUUUACCACCAGGAGGGAAAGCACCUCCAGCAGCUGCUCCCACUGCUAACCUUUACGAGGAGCUUGGCGACAGCACCAGCAGGCGAGGAGGCUACGGCAGACAGCAACAGCAACUGCUGAGGCCAUCUCUUCUGAGACCUGAGGAACUCUCAAUGGAGUCAGGUAUCGACCCGGGCCAGGACUACUACACACAGGACUACUAUAAUUAUGACCAAGGGUACGACAUUCCUCAGUAUGGCAGUAGGAGGAGGCUAAUACCUCCAAGGUAUGAUGAAUAUGGAGAGGUGAUCAUGGAGGAUGAUGAGUAUUACUACGGUCCUCGUGGCACUGAGCCUGGGAAAAAGCCACGGAUCAAGCUGGUGGUAGAUCAGGAGAAUGAGACCAGCUCCACAGGAGAAGAGAGCACCACAGAGACGCAGAGGAACCGACUCCCCAACAGCCACAGCAACAUCAACGGGAACAUCUACCUUGCACAGAACGGCACUAUUGUCAGAACUAGGAGGCCACCUCACCCAAAAAACUUGAAUAUGGGCUCUCCUUGUCGGCUUGGUAAGCAUUUUAAAAGACUAGACAAGUUGGGUGUGACUUAUGAAGAACCCUCUAGCAUUAUUAGCAUUGAUGGCACAGAAAACGAGACAGAAAAUGGAACAGGAACAUGUGUUCCCCCUAAUGUGGACGUCAACCUCAACACUCGGCCCUCCUGUGGCUCCCUUGGCUCCCUUGGAUCCUCCAUCAACGAUCUUAAAAGUUUUGGGUCCAAAACCAAUAUUGCAAAGGUCUUGAUUGACAGAAACAGCAGUGGCCAGUUUGUCAAUGAGGAGCAAGAGACUUCGGUUGACAACCACAAGGACAGCAGAGAGACACUGGAGUCCCACAGUGACCACACUUUAUCAGACGAGGAGGAGUUAUGGAUGGGACCCUGGAACAGCCUACACAUACCAAUGACAAAACUCUGACUGACCAUGUAGAAAGUUAUUUUAGUUUUUGUUGUUUUCGUAUCUUUAUCAUGUUGUUUUUGUUAAGAAAAUUAUCAUGAAAAAAAUGUGUGCCUCAACUGGAUAAGCUCCAACCACUGUCAACGACACUUGCACUUCAAGUCAAAUUUUAUUUAACCAUAAUACAUUACGGCCUAUAUUCACUAAACGUUUGAGUAAGAUGGAAAUAUAGAGUUGCAAGGCAAUGGGUGCUUUAAAGAAAUCUGAAAUGUUAUGUGAAUAAUACUUUUUGUUUGUUUUUGUUUUAAACCCUUAAUCAAAACACCAGAUACGCCUCUUUUAUUGAGUGAUACCAUGUUUUACCUUCUUUUACCAGCCUCACUUUUUUUUAUCCUGAAACAGGUCUAAAGAGAUUGUUAUUCAUUUCACUAAAUAUAUUUACAGAGAAAUUAUGGUGUGUAUAUGAAGAAAUUGUGAUAAUAUAGUCUAUGAUAAAGUCAAAGAAAACGUAUUUUGCUAAUAGCAUUUUAAUCGCAAAUGAUUAAGAUUGUCAGAUUAUUUUAUGUUGUGAUCACUUGACAAUGUUUUUGAAUAUUUCUGAAAAAUAUAUCAAAUUAUUUUUGUCUAUUUUGUAUCUAACAGAGAUGGAGAAUCUAACAUAUGACAUUAAAGACAUAAUAUCCACAUGACUGUUACCGCUGUAUUUCAGAGAUAUGACAGUGUCAUCAUGGUGUUUUAUAUGGACAUUUGUAACUACAGAAUAUGGUAUUUCCCAAACCGUAUAUGAUGCAGCUUCAUGGUCAUUUAUUAACUGACACAUCAGGCUUCAGAAAGAGGUGGAAAAGGACUAUCCAAAA